CGGCUGCUGCUCAACAUGGCACCACGGAAAGACAAGAAGCCUAAGAAGUCAACCUGGAGGUUUCAUUUGGACCUUACACAUCCAGUAGAAGAUGAAAUUUUUGAUUCUGAAAAUUUUGAACAGUUUCUACAGGAGAAGGUUAAAGUCAAUGGAAAAACUGGAAAUCUUGGAAAUGUUGUUCACAUUGAAUGCCUGAAGAAUAAAAUCACAGUUGUUUCUGAGAAACAGCUCUCGAAAAGGUAUUUGAAAUAUCUUACCAAGAAAUACCUUAGGAAGAAUAAUCUCUGUGAUUGGCUUCAUGUGGUCGCAUCUGACAAGGAGACUUACGAACUUCAUUAUUUCCAAAUUAGUCAAGAUGAAGAUGGUUCAGAGUCUGAGGACUAAUUGGCCUUUGCUUUUAAUAAUUGAAAUAUGCUAAAGAAACCUAAAAUCAGACUUGUUGAGCAAAUAAAAAUCAUUUUACUCUAUAAAAAAA